AUAGGCGGCAGCCGGUGCAGUUACACGUUUUCCCCCGAGCAGCCUCCGACGUUGUCACGGGCUUGGGGUUGGGGACAGAGCGGUGACCAUGGCUGGGCUGGCGUUGUCUCCUGUGCCCAGCCUCUGGCUGGUGGUGCUGCUGCUGCUGCUCUCAGCAGCUGAGCCGGUGCCAGCAGCCAGUUCAGAGGAACUGUACCGGAAUCCCAAAGGUAGCCCUUGCUCUCAGAUCUGGCAGUACCCACGUUUCAUAGCAAGGAAACGGGGCUUCACAGUGAAAAUACAGUGCCACACGGAUGGCACCUCCAGCAUCGUGAGUUGGCUCCGGAAGCGGAAGAUGGACGAGGAGCCCCAGCAGGUGAACCUGGAACAGGGCCACAUGCAUCAGACCCAGAACGGCUCUGUCACCACCCUCACCAUCCAAGACAUCCAGUUUGAGGACAACGGCAUCUACUUCUGCCAGCAGGAGUGCGACAACUCCUUGGAGGUCUACCUGGGCUGCGGCACGGAGCUGCGAGUCAUGGGGUUCAGCACCUUGGAACAGCUGAAGCGGAGGAACACGUUGAAGGACAGCAUCAUCAUGAUCCAGACGCUACUGAUCAUCCUGUUCAUCAUCGUGCCCAUCUUCCUGCUGCUGGACAAGGAUGACAGCAAGACUGGCAUGGAGGAAGAUCACACCUAUGAGGGCCUGAACAUUGACCAGACAGCCACCUACGAGGACAUAGUGACGCUGCGGACGGGGGAAGUGAAGUGGUCUGUGGGUGAGCACCCAGGCCAGGAGUGAGAGCCAGGCCCUCCCCACACCCUGCACGCAGGCUCCCAGGCCUCGGUGAUUGCUUUGGAGCUUCCUGGCUCCUGGCCCAGCCCCCUUCCCAGACCCGCAGCCAGCCUCUGAAGCUGGCCCACCAGAGCUGCCACUCAUCUCCAGGCCCUGGUCCCCAGCUCUUGCCAAAGGGCCUGGAGCAAAAGGACGACAAGGCAGCGACCUGGAGGGAAUUCUCUGGGGAUGGAUGGGACCCAGCCUCCUGGGGGUGCUAUGAGGGGAUCCGUCCCCAUGCGUAGGAUAGGGGAGGCAGAGACUGGUCCAGAACCUGGAAAUGGACUCGGAGCCAAGGGACUCCCAGCAGAGCUUGGGAAGAGCCGUGGACCCGACUGGGCCCCAGAAGAGCCACAGGAACAUUGUUCCUGUCCCGCAACCACUCCCACCCCAGGGGGCGCCUCAGCCUCAAGGCCCUUUCCCCAUGGAAUAAACGAUGUGUCCUGAGAAACCACA